AUGGCCAUCUUUUCAAAGACUAGCAAGGCGCCCUCAGCUCCAGUACUUGACAGCAAGGAGACCGGCAACUCUCAUGUCGAAGAUGUGGAUUCCAUCCACGCAGAUGAGAAAGUCCAAGGAGAUUAUUCUGGGGCCACAGCCAAAGUCGAUCCUGUCGAAAUCAAACUUGUUCGCAAGCUGGACUUCAGGAUCAUGCCCAUCCUAUGGGCAAUGUACUUCUUGAACUACAUCGAUCGCAAUGCGAUUGCCAAUGCACGUCUUAAUGAUCUCGAGGAGGACCUCGGUCUUGUCGGAACACAGUACAAUACUUGUAUCUCUAUCUUGUUUGUCGGAUACUUGCUGAUGCAGAUCCCAUCCAACAUGUUGAUGUCUUCCAAGAAGUUCCGCCCAUCUUUAUACAUGAGCGUGUGCAUGGGACUUUGGGCUAUUGUUUCAGCAUGCACGGCUCUUACUAAAAACUACAUCGGUCUUCUUAUGGUUCGAUUCUUCCUAGGAGUCACCGAGGCGCCAUUCUACCCAGGCGCAUUAUUCCUACUAUCGGUUUUCUACACGCGCAAGGAGAUUGCUCUCCGCAUCUCUAUCUUGUACACCGGAAACAUCGUGGCGACAGCCGUCGCUGGACUAAUCGCGGCUGCGACGUUUGAGACAUUGGAUCAUCACAUGGGACUGAAAGGCUGGCAGUGGCUGUUCAUCAUUGAGGGUGCUGUGACCUUCGGUGUUGCAGGCCUUGGUGUCUUCAUGCUACCUGAUCAUCCGCUCACCACACGGUGGCUGACUCCCGAGGAACGCCAACUUGCGCACGAUCGCAUUGCACGCGAUACAGUGAGUAGCGAGGAAUCCAAGGGUGUCAUGGCUGGAUUGAAGCAGGCUAUGGCCGACCCUCGCCUCUAUCUUUUGGCCUUCAUGCAGAACAUGCACCUUAGUGCCUGUGGCUUUAAUAAUUUCUUCCCGACCGUUGUUGGAAGCCUUGGAUUCAGCAGUACCGUCACCCUGGUCUUGACGUGUCCUCCUUACGUUUUCUCUGGUAUCUGCUGUAUCAUUGUCGGCAUUACUUCUGGGCGGUAUAAUGAGCGCACGUGGCACAUCACUCUUGCAAUGGGCGUCGCAGUCAUAGGAUUCAUCAUAUCCUGUACGACGCUUAACAAGGGCGCAAGAUAUGUGGCUUGUUUCCUCUUCGCCAGUGGUGCAUAUGCUGUCAACUCAGUCAUUCUAGGUUGGGUGUCUGCCACACUUGGCCAGACGCCAGAAAAGAAAGCUGCCUCGAUUGGUUUCAUCAACGUUGUGGCGAAUGCAUCAUAUAUCUAUACAGCCUAUCUCUACCCGAAGAGCGAUGGGCCUCAAUAUCUGAUCGGGAUGUCGGCAAACACAGGCUUUGGAAUUGCGACUAUCGCGAGUGCCUGGGCUUUGAGAUGGUGGCUGCAAAGUACCAACCGCAAGAUCAGCCGCGGUGCUCUGCAGGGUGCUGGCGAUGUUCUUUAUGCCUACUGA